AUUCAACACAAUACUAGAGUUUUCAUUCCAUUUAUUUCAUCUCCUCUUCGUCCACCCAAAAACAGAUCACUUCCUUCUUUCAUUUAUGGCGAAAAAGAUUCUUUCUAGAUUUGCCUCCCCCAUGAUGGUUGAUCGUUCUCGAUCUUGAUCUGAAUUCGGGGAGGCCUCAAAAUCACAUUCUUUAAUGGAUUUGGAAGGCGAGUGCUCUGUUCUUGAAUCUGUUGAAGACAAUGAAGUAAUAAUAAGCCUUGAAAGAUUGGAACAUGUUGGUGGAAACAAGAUUCAAAAUAAUGGGUCUUGUGGUGGUGAACAUCAUGAUGAUGAUGAUGGGUUAUUGGGUGAUAUGAAAACAGGGGUUAUUAGGGUUACAGAGUCGGUUGUUUCAUCUCCUUUGGCCGUUAAUUCUCCGGCAGAUUCUAUAGGAUCGUCGCCACAGGGAACAAAAAAAGGGUAUGGAUUGAAGAAAUGGAGACGAAUCAGGAGGGAAUUUAGUAAUGAUGGGUGUAGUAAUUUAGAUACUAGAAAGAUAUUGAAGCGGGGUUUUUCAGCACCGGUUGCAAAUUCAACUAGACAUCAGGGUUUGUCUGUUGAUAUGAGGCGAAAGAGUGAUGGGUCUGUAUCGUCCACGAAUGCAAUGGUGAAAAGUCCUGGUGUUGCUGAUGAUGAUUUUUCCUUAAUCAGCUUGGAUUCUAGGUUGGAAAUUGGACCCAAUUUUGCUGCCGGAACAGAUUUGGAAAACAGUGAGGAUCAGAGUAGCAAGUCUUCCACAGCGGCUAGUGUUCCAAAAUCGAGUUAUGAGAAUAGGAUGAGGAGUUUGAGUGGGAAGAAUGUGGUUAAUGUGGUUCAACGGAGUCAGAAAGGAAAGAAUCAGAUUGAGACUAGUAAGAAGCCUAGAGGAGAACGGGUCAAAAUUGAGAAGGAAAACUCUUAUUCCAGCAUGGAAUCUGACUCACGAAGCUCCAAUUUUGUGUUUAUGCAGGGCACCAAUUCCGUGACUAGUAAUGGGAGACAGAGUGGAAGGACAAUGAAUUACGAUGGAGAAAACAGUGAUGAAGCUCAGGGUGGUGAGGAACUUCGAACUGGUUACAGUGAAGAAAAUGUUGGAGAAUUCGAAGUUCUCUCUCAAGAAGAUUUAGCUGCUGAUUUGUCUUGGGAGGUUAAAGAAGAAAAAAUUGAGAACCAUAGGUCAUCAACAGAUCUAGAUUCUCUAGUUGAGUCUAUCUUCACAUUGCAGUCUGCACAGGAUGCACUGGAAAAAGAAAUUCAGAAACUGAAGGAGAUGGGGAAUGGGAAUGAAGAAAUUCCACUUUUUGACCGUUCAGCCCAGGGGAAUAGUUUACCUUCAGAGUUAGCUUCAGAGGAUCCAACAACCCAUGAAGCAAGCUCAUCUGACCUGUUGCACUCUGGAGGGAUCACACAAAUUGCUUUUUAUUUCUUGGAAACACAGGUGAUAAGCUUAAAACGGAACGUAAAUCUCUUGGAAAGCAAGUUUGAAGAGGCAAAUGCUGUGCUCAAAGCUAAGGAAGCCAAGGUAAUUGAACUUGAAUAUGCUCUGAAGAUUAACGGGUCACCAAAGGAAGAAAUGUCGAGCACCUUCGAGUCACAACAGAAAAAAUAUAGAGAGAUGGAGGCUGAGCUUGAGGGUCUUUUCAAGCAAAAAAUUGAAGCCGAGGUCGAGUAUCUGGUAAUAUCAAGAACAAUUCAAAAGUUGAGAGUCGCUACAGUGGAUCAAGUUGCACUCUUUGAAGAACAAAAAACUCAAGUUCAGAUGUUUAACGAGCUUGGUGAUGCAGAAAGUAAGGCUGGAAUGCUGAAGCGACGAGCUGAUAAGUUGGAGACCACCUAUUGUGAAGAUAUUGUAGCGACUGAUCAAGUUUUGAAGCUGCAAAAAAGGGUAUGUAAAGUUACUUCGUGUUUUUUCAUACAGUUGAUACUGUUGUUUGUAGUCUCCACGUUGUUUUUCUUGCAGUUACCUCCCCAUUAUGUAGGGGUUAUACCCACCUGAUUUUGAGAGCGGUUAGUUUUUCUUUUUUGUAUUAUUCCAUCUCUCAAGGCAAAUGUUUGAAUGUUACAUUUAGUUUGUUUUAGAAGUUGAUAGAUAGAUCAGACACACCAGUUGCAUAUCUAUGUUUAU